AUACCUUGGUCAUUUAAUAACCAGUAAUUGUCCAGUUCUUUUAGCAGUGGUUCCGCUUGAUCGGGUAUGGACACCGGAACGCGUGAGAGUCCCGUUUUAGAUAGACGAAAAAGUGAAUCAAACCAUGUGGAAAUCGCUAACGAUAUACCCGAAAGUGAAGCCGCCCUCCCCACUGUUCACGGUAUUCUAAAAAACUUAGAUGAAAUCUCGUUGGAUGAUCCUCGUGAUUCUAUAGAAAAAGAGGCGGAUGAGUAUGAACAAAUGGAUUCCAUUGCCUUAGACAAUUCUCAACAAAGCGAACAUGACUCACCACCGUCAUCUGGGCCGUUGGAAUGCGGUGCCGACAAUCUACUCGCCCACCCUUCAACACUGACUGAUGAACACAUGGACGAUAUAAAAAUUGAUCAUGACGGUGUCAGAGGAGACGAGUCCGCAUCUACCACUAUUCGAUCUCCUAACAGCUCCACAUCUGAAAGCGUGUCAAAUCAACGUGAACAGACGAUGAUUUCACCACCGGCAAUGGCAAACCUUAGUGUGCCGAACUCAUUAGAAAAUAAUAUUUUUACUUCUGGAGAUGAUACUAAGCCGGACACACCAGUACUUGAACCUGUACCUGAAGGAACUGUGCUACAAGCGGAAUCUGUUGCAUCCCUACCGAGGAUUAUGUCAAAAACCACUAUUAUACAUAGCAGCGAUGAAACGCCACAAGAAACAUUUGAAAGGCUAAUUCGAGGCAUCAAGGAUGGAUCCAUGGAGAAAAGCGAAAUAGUAGAUCAGCUGUUUAACACUCUUGUUGGAGGACAGUUUGACUUGGAGACAAGAUACAUUAUUGAAGACUCCAGUAAUAUUGAACGGAUGCUUACAUUGCUUACUCACUCAGACGAAACACUUCAGGCUGAAAUAUGGAGCGUUUUUCUUGCAGUUGUAAGGAAAAGCAAGCGAAAUUUGGAAGCAUGUUCGAGGAUUUCACUCAUAUCAAAGAUUCUUGACUUGCUACCAAAUGCUCAAGGAAUGCUUUCUGAUCUUCUUGUACAGUUACUUGGAGUUUUGACAAAUUACUCUAUAACGGUAAAGGAAACGAAACAGUUCCUGCGCUCGUUACAGGCUGUAAACGACUGCUGGCCAAGAAACUCUUUGAAAUUGUUACAAGUGAUGAAGCAAAUGCCAAUACGAGACGAUGCGAAUGUUUUCUUCAGUUUUCCAGGAAAAUCACAAGCGGGUAUCAUUAUUCCUCCUUUUGCAAAGUUCCCCUGCCAGUCCGGGUGGACGUUUAGUACUUGGCUAAGGAUGGAUCCGAUGAGCAGCGUACUUUUUGAAAAGGAGCGGCCUUACUUGUAUUGCUUUCGAAGUAGCAAAGGAAUUGGGUACUCUUGCUACUUCAUGGGUAACGCGCUUGUAGUCACAAUGGAGAAGACCAAAGGGAAAGUUUUAACACGUUGUACCAAGAAAGAACUUACUCCUCGAAAAUGGCAUCAUGUUGCUAUUUCGCACUCGUAUUCGAGAUGGGGUCGAAGCGAAAUAAGAUUCUACUUUGAUGGAGAGUUGUCGGAAACGGCCGAGAUCAGCUGGGCUGUAUCAACAACAGAGCAGUUCGAUCGCUGCUCUGUCGGUGUAUCGCCUGAAGGAGAUCCGGAUACAGCUUUCUGUGGACAGAUGGGUGCAGUGUACUUGUUUGCGGAUUCAUUAUCGUUGGAACAAGCAAACUCACUGUUUUGCUUGGGACCUAGCUAUCAAUCGUAUUUCGUGCACGAUUCGGGAAGUACGUUACCUGACGGCUAUAAAAAGCAUCUGUUUGAUGGUCGAUUGAGCAGCGUUCUGGUGAUGGCAUACUGUCCGAAGAAUUGUCACGGACAGCUGUGUCUAAACUCACCAUCAAAAAUUCCGUCAACAUACUUCGUUCAAGUACCACAUGCAGUUAUGAAAGAGGGUGUCGAAGUUAUCACUACGCAUUCUAUACAUAAUUCGUUGCGAUCAGUUGGUGGCAUACAAAUACUUCUCCCACUCUUCUCACAGCUUGAUCUUCCAUGUGAGGAUGGAACGGCCAUGGAUGGCGAUAUGUGCUCCACCCUGCUUUCGCUUAUCUCCCUACUGUUGUCCAGUUCACAGACAAUACAGCAGCAACUCUACCAUAGCAAAGGAUUUUUGAUCAUCGGUCACGCCUUGCAGAAGGCCUCGAGCAGACACAUUACUAUGAAAGUGGCGGAACAAGUCAUCGACAUGGCAAAAUUCCUACUACGAUGCUCAUCCGGCGGUCCUCUGAUUAAACAGCUAUUCGAGCAUAUUAUGUUCAACCCAAAGUUAUGGAUUAACAGCGAACCUGCCGUUCAGGUUCAUUUGUACAAUUAUCUCGCCACGGAUUUUCUGGGUAAUACCAAUUUCCACCAUAUCAUUCGACAAGUGGCCACAUUUGGUGAAAUGUGUCAUGCGUUGAAAUUCUACUAUUGGGUAACAAAGCCAAAGCCACCAUCCGCAUAUCAGGUUGAAGAAAGAUCCAGUACAUUCCCAAAUGAGGAUGUCAUUUCAAUUAGGGGAUCAAUCCUCAUCUUUCUGAAUCGGCUAAUUCUACUCAACGCUGGAAGCGGCCAAGAUGCGAUAAGAGAGCAAGAAAUCCAUCAGUUAAUGAAUUUUGUUGCCACCGUUCACGAAGAUGAUAACCUUUACGAUGUUUUGGCGUUACUGAAUCGGCUGCUAGGAUUUUAUCCCCAGAUAAUGGUACCAAUUUUUGAUAAAGACAAAGAUGUUGGUCUGGUCUUCAAACUACUUUCAUCUCCCAAUCAACUUAUCAGAAUCCCAGCCUUGAAAAUGUUUGGCUUCUUCUUGCAGAGGUCUACAUUGAAAAGAAAGACUGAAUCUGUAUCUGCUCGUCAUCUCUUCACUCUAAUCACUGAGCGAUUAUUGCUACAUGCCGACUACCUGACUUUACCGACGUAUAUAGUGUUAUUCGAGAUACUGACAGAGCAAAUGACUCCCGAACUUGCAUAUACAAAGAGUGAAGCAGCAAGUCCUGAUUGGAGGUUUGAGAAUCCCAUGAUGCUGAAAGUUAUUGCAAACUUGAUCACUCAAUCAACUGAAUCGAAAGAACUCAUGCGAGUGAAGAAGGCUUUCCUCCUCGAUAUUAUCAACAUGUGCAGGGAUGGGAAAGAUAACCGAAGGACAAUUUUGCAAAUGUCUGUCUGGCAAGAAUGGCUUAUCUCGAUUUCUUAUGUUUUUCCUAAAAAUGCAGAAGAGAUGGAGAUCACAGAGCUUGUCUAUGAGAUGUUUGCUAUUCUCUUGCACCACGCAAUUCGUUUCGAAUAUGGAGGAUGGCGUGUUUGGGUUGAUACUUUGGCCAUAGCACACUCGAAGGUGAGCUGGGAACGAUUCCGCAGGCAACAGCAAAAAGAUGUUACAGCCAGUCCAGCUGCUACAACAAUCACCAAGGAAAGCAUAACGGAUAAGAAAGAUGCUGGGGACAGCACGCAAAGCACUUCUGCCACGGAUGAAAUGCCUACCCCGAUAUACCGUACACCCGAGUUCUGUUGGUCAACUGUCCAUUUGCGCCUACUUGGAGACCUUUUGAGUGGGAUCGAGGCAACGGUUGAGGAAUGGAAAGCAACUGACUCACCAUCCUUAGCUGAUUACUGUAACAUGAAUGAGAACCAGAUCUUCGUCGGAAAUACUGUGCAUGUCAUCUCACAGCUAGCUGACAGUCUCAUCAUGGCUUGCGGUGGUUUAUUACCGCUUUUGGCGUCAGCAACAUCUCCAAAUAGCGAACUUGAGAUUGUGGACGCUUGCCAACAAGAGCUGCCUAUAGACUGUGCUGCAACCCUUCUCUCCAGAUUUGUUCAACUCGCUGAUGUUUUCAUUUUUGCCAGUGGUGUAUCAUUCACAGAGUUGGAGCAGGAGAAGAACAUGCCAUCAGGAGGAGUUUUACGUCAGUCUCUACGUCUCAUUGCUACAGCAUCUGUCAGGCAUAUCUUGACAGCUCGAGUGUUACGUCCUGACAGCAGUGGACAUGCUUUUGAGCCACAUGCUAACCCGAAAAAUGAAGCAAUCUAUGAGUUUGUUAGGGGAGCCAUAGAAUCGCAAGUGAAAGAAGGAAUAACAGACUUGGAUCAUCUUUUGCAAGAUGUGGACUUGCAAAGAAUAAAAGGAGUUGUAUAUAGGGACAUGGUGGAAGAGAACCGUCAAGCGCAGUUUCUUGCUCUUGCUGUGGUCUACCUGCUCUCGGUACUUAUGGUAUCUCGAUAUAGAGAUAUACUAGAGCCACCAGUAACUCCGAGUCCAUUCUUCAACUCGACAAAUGGUGAGGAAGCGUGUAGCACACCUGGAUCUUCUACCACUGCUGCCUCUGAUACUGCAGAAGCGAAGCCUCCAUCACCUGGUGUCACUACCAAUGGAGAGGCACCAGCUAAGGAGGAGGAGGAAGAGGAGAAGAAGGAACCAAUUUCGGCAAUCAUGGUAGAGCCUGAAACUAUGAAAAAGGAUGGGAAGGAAUACAAAGCUGAAGAGCUGUCUAAAUUAAGCGCCAACAACGCCGCGUCUGGCACCCCAUCGCAGCCUGCUGAGCGAAGACAGUAUCUAACAAACAAGCUACAGACAGCUUUGGAAACAACUGCACCGUUGUUGCGAGAAAUUAUGGGAGAUUUUCGAUCAUUCUUCCAGAAGACGCUACUUGGCACGCAUGGACAAGAGAUUAUGAAUGACAGCAAAGUCCUGGAAACACUGAAAAAUCGUCAAGGAUCAGUGAUUGAGCUUGUGAUGCUGUUAUGCUCGCAGGAAUGGCAAACAUCAUUGCAGAAGCAUGCCGGAUUGGCAUUUAUCGAAUUGGUCAACGAAGGUCGCCUCAUGGCACAUGCCACCCGUGAUCAUGUGCUUCGCGUGUCGAAUGAAGCAGAUUUCAUCCUCAAUCGUCUCCGAGCAGAGGAUGUCAGCAAGCAUGCACAUUUUGAGAGCGAAACUACAACAAAUAUGGACAUCCGAAGCGAAGAAGAAAACCGAUGGGCCCAAGCGAUUCGCAACGGUCGUCGAAGAGAUUGCCGACUUGCUGCGAAACUUCUUGGAAACAUGAUGACCGUACUGAGAAGUCCCAGUGGAGCAUGGAGUUCUGGCGAUGAUGCACAGCAAUUGUUCUGGCGUUUGGACGUUUGGGAAGACGAUAGCCGUCGACGGCGUAGGUUUGUACCGAACGUCUAUGGCUCGAAGCAUGAAGAGGCAAGCAUCAUCACAGUACCAGAAGAAACGAAAGAGCUAACCGAAGAGGAGAAAUUGAAAUUGUUAGCAAAUAGCAUCGCACCCGGUCGAGGCCAAUCAUCGGAGUUGGUUGAUGAAAGCGACAUAGACAAGUGGGCUGCCGAAGUCGACCCGACGCCUAGUAGUGAAGUGACGAGCUACAGUACCCCGGCAAAACUAAUCGCGCCAGGACUCGUCGUACCCGGAACACUUUCUGUCACCGCCACUGACCUCUUCUUUGAUGCUGAUGAGGAGAAUCCGUUGUACAAGAAACAAGAUCCAAAGCAUCCAGCAUUAACUUUCUUACGAGAUUCCAUGCCAUUUUUGAGCUUUGAUCCAAUAAAUGAUGAGGUUUUCCUCGCAAAAGAUCGAGCUGAGGAAGAAAAUAGUGCGCACAACGUCGACAUUGCAAACAGCUCACUAGUUGAAGUAGCACACCUGAAAAUCAGGAUGAUUACGGUAGUUAUAGGAAAUACAGUAUCAUGGGUCGAGGAACCAACAGAGACCGAAUCGAUGAGCAGAAAUUUUGAGCGUGAGGUGCGCAACGCAUUGAAACGAGAUAUGGUCUAA